GGUUGAUUCGGUGGACACCUGUUUACUGAAUUCAGACCGUUGCUUAUUUUUCAUCUCAACCGUCUAAUAAUAGCUGAUCAACAGACCAGUUAAAUAAUCAAAUUUAGUUUACCUUUUGGUUUAUAGAUUCAUCUAAAGUGGGUGUCACCAUUUGUUAGCGCCCGUGUAUCAACCAUCACACUUUGCCAGAGUAUGAAAACGUCUCUGUUCGUUGGAGGUAGGGCAUCGUUACUGAAAUGGCGGAAUCGAUAUGCAGAGUGUUGAGAGAUGGAUGUCUGGAAGGAGAACAUGCACCCGCUCUCACCAUCAAAGACUCCGUACACAUCCCUUUCGGAUCCCACGCCUUUAAUUACAUCCUCUGCCAUCUCUCCUCCAACAUCUCUGCCCUAAGAUCUCAAGCUCGGGGUCUUGUGCUCGUCGCCUUCGAUCGGAGCCCGUCCUUCUAUUUCGAUUUACUAAAGAGUCGAGGAAUCAAUGCCGAUAAAUGGAUUCAGAUUUUGGACUGCUAUUCAGAUCCUCUUGGUUGGAAGGAUCGGCUUGUGGGUCCUGGAAGUUGUGCCAAGUUCUCUGCAGAACGUCGAGUAACUCCUUUUAAGGAUGUUAGAGAUAUGGAGAAAUUGUUUACUUCCAUUAUUGAUCUCGGAAGAGGAGUGGUUGAGCAAGGCAAAGUUCGCUUUUCUGUCGCCAUUGACUCGGUUAGUGCCAUGUUAAGACAUGCAUCAUUGCCAUCAAUUUCAGGCCUUUUAAGCAACCUGCGCAGCAAUGAUCAAGUUUCAUGUCUCUUUUGGUUAAUACAUUCAGAUCUUCAUGAAGUCAGGGCCGUUGCAUCUGUUGAAUACAUGUCCAGUAUAGUUGCCAGUUUAGAGCCACUAAUUCAAUCCAUGGAUGGACAACAAAGCCAUUCAGGGAACCUGCUUUUGCUGGAACAGAAUUCUAGAGGAGGAAAAUUUAAUGUGCGGAUGAAGCGGCGCAAUGGAAGAGUUAGAGUGAUUUGUGAAGAGUUUCAUAUGGAGCAAGCAGGCAUUAAAUUUGUUGCCGUUUCUUCUGGAAAUGUGGUGAUCAAUCAAACCCUUUUGCCUAAGGUACAAUUCAAUCUCCAGCUAUCAGAGAAGGAACGGGUUGAUAGGGCAAAUGUUAUCCUUCCAUUUGAACACCAAGAAAAUGGUAAGGCAGAACAGAUUUAUGAUGGCCGGCGAUCCCUUUCCGAGGACCAAAGCGAUCCGCAUCCAAUCAGAUCCGUUCUUCCCGACAGUCAAUUGAUUACAGAAGCCAACAGUGGCAAGGGUGAGAUCCACUAUAUUCGAGAUUCAGAUGAUGAGCAGCUUGACUCCGAUGAGGACCCAGAUGAUGAUUUAGAUAUCUGAGCAUGUUUCUCAUUUCUUUUGGUUGCAAGCUGUUGAAAAUCAAAGAAUGGAGGACUGAUGUAGAUGUUGGUUUCAUCUUCAUUUGACCUGAAAAGAGUGAGGUGACAGUAGCAAGAUGCUGCUGUAUUUCUUCAAAGUCCAUCAAUGAAAGUAAACUCCAUGGCCAGUGAUGUGGAUAUGGCCCAACUGA